AUGUUCUCAAUUCGGCCCUCUAAACGGCAAAAGCUCCAGCAUUCCGGUCCGAUAUCAAAUCCUAUCUACGUCUCCGACGACAAAUCCGAAUCCGAACCCGGCGAUCUCGGCUCACUCAGACCCGAUGCAGACUCUCUUAACCACUUUCUGUCCAGCCUCGACAACCUUAACCGUGAUGACUACCUAGCGACGCUGAUGGGGGAUGUGAAGAUUGUUGAAUCCCGUCUUGAUAUCUCCAGGGCCAAGGUGGAAGACCAUUCCAGAAAUCCAACGGCUUUGCAGCGGGAAAUUUGGUACGCCAAGCAAUUUUCCGACAUAGUCAAGGCUGGCGCGGAAGGACACGAUUCAAAAGUACCAGUGGAGAGUUCAUCCCAUGAGCAAACACCGAGCUCGCCGUACGAGAAAGACCGCCAGCUCACCGUGUGGGUUUUUCUCUUGGGCAGAUCGAGCGAUUGCUGCAUACUCAAGGGCCGGCCCUGUGCGUAUGCUCGUAAGUUAGGCAAAGCACUAAGUCGAUGGGCCGACGCGCUCUAA